GGCACCUUGAAUUGACUGGGUUAAACCUUUCGAACUUCCUCUUUUAGCUAACAUGGCUCCGAAGAAGAAGCCAUCAGAGGGGUCAAAGGUCAAGAAGGAUGCCCCCAAGGCUGACCAGCCGAAGGAAAAGGCACUAAAGGCCAAGAAGGCCGUUUUGAAGGGUGGUCGAGAUAAGAGGAAUAAGAAGAUCAGAACCACAGUGCAGUUCAGGAGGCCUAAGACCCUGAAGUUGCCCAGGGCUCCCAAGUACCCCAGGAAAAGCACACCAAGAAGGAACAGACUAGACCAGUACAAGAUCCUCAAGUACCCCCUGACCACUGAGUCUGCAAUGAAGAAGAUUGAAGAUAACAACACACUUGUUUUUAUUGUGGAUAAGAAGGCCAACAAACCACAAAUCAAGAUUGCAGUCAAAAAAUUGUAUGACAUUGAUGUGUCUAAAGUAAAUUCAUUGAUCAGGCCUGAUGGGGAAAAGAAGGCAUACGUAAGGCUGGCCCCAGAUUAUGAUGCAUUGGAUGUAGCAAACAAGAUUGGUAUAAUCUAAGAAGUCAUCCUUUUCAUUGAGAAUUCUGUUCAUAAAAAACUUUACAAAUAAAAAUGUCAUAUUUACAUGAAGUGAAAAAA